UCAAUUUUUUUUUUUUAAAGGAUCUGAUCUAGUGUGAUAGCUAGCAUUAUAUAAUUGUGAGUCACGCAUGAUAUGUGAGGAAUCAAAGCUGCUAUAAGCUUCAGUGUGUUGUACGCUCUCAGGCUCCAGCUGGAAGUCUGAGGGCUAGCCUUCCACCUCUCCUUCUUCCCCUUCUUCCAAGGAGCAAAUAUGGGGCUAUGGCUUUCUUCAUGGAUGCUUCUUCUAUGCAUUGCAAGCUCCAUGAGUCCUUCUUCGGCAGCUCCGGCGAACCCAUCGACCUUUUCUUCCUUCAAGGAUAACUUCAACAUCAUGUGGGCGGAAGACCAUUUCAAGACAUCGCCUGAUGGGCAAGUGUGGUACCUCUAUUUGGACAAGAAAACAGGUUGCGGCUUCCAAACACGACAGAGAUACAGAUUUGGGUGGUUCAGCAUGAAGCUGAAGUUCGUCGGCGGGGACUCGGCGGGAGUUGUUACGGCUUAUUAUAUGUGUUCGGACUUGGGAGCAGGGCCAGACAGAGAUGAGCUGGAUUUUGAGUUCUUGGGUAACAGGACCGGGCAGCCAUACACCAUACAGACCAAUGUGUACAAGAGUGGGCUUGGUGGGAGAGAGAUGAGGCACAUGCUGUGGUUUGAUCCCACCGAAGACUUCCACACCUAUUCCAUCCUUUGGAAUAACCACCAUAUCGUGUUUUUUGUGGACAGAGUUCCCAUUAGAGUUCACAAGAACACUGAUAAGCCAAAUAACUUUUUUCCAAAUGAGAAGCCAAUGUAUAUGUUCUCAAGCAUCUGGAAUGCUGAUGACUGGGCGACAAGGGGAGGCCUCGAGAAGACAGAUUGGAAGAAUGCGCCCUUCGUCUCCUCCUACAAAGACUUCCAUGCUGAUGGUUGCCAGUGGAAGGAUCCCUUCCCAGCCUGCGUCUCCACCACCACCGAGAAUUGGUGGGACCAGUAUGAGGCGUGGAGCCUCCCUGAUAGCCAGCUUGAGGAUUUUAGCUGGGUUGGAAGGAACCUCGUCAUAUAUGACUACUGCAAAGACUAUGAAAGGUAUCCCGUGCUGCCAGAAGAGUGCAAUCUGUGACAAGCUCUCCAUCACAUCAAGAGAGAAUGGUUUUGUUUCCUGGGCAUGGUGCAGAUGAUAUGAUCACAUUAUUUAAGAGAAUGAUGUUAUAUCAUUUAUUCAUUUGUUUUCUGUAUUUAAUUUUUAUUAUCAGAAACCAAUUUAGUUUUCAUUAUCAGAAACCCCCAACCAUGCAGGUGUGGCAAGAAUUACGAGAAAAUAAA